AUGACUGCAUCUCAAUCACACAUGCUGUCAUUCCUUUACCCGUGCCUAGCUCGCUCAACGCCUUCCAGCAUCUCCGGCACUUCACGCGCAUCGCAAGCCUACAUCCGCAUCUCACAAUGCUCCCGCUCCCUUUCCAGCACAACAUGCCAGCGCAAGUCCCUCGCCGAGAUCAACGCCGAGCGCCGCGCCGCCGCAUACGAAGUUGACGACGUCGACCUACUAUCCCAGCAACCCUCAAGAGAACGACCACACUCUCGCCUCAACCCCCCUCCCAGCGACUAUUCCCGCAACAUCUUCGCCGACACUGCCCAACUCACCCUGCACGCCGGUAGCGGCGGUAAUGGCUGCGUGUCCUUCCAACGCGAAGCCUAUCUCCCCGAUGGUCCGCCCAAUGGCGGCGACGGCGGCUCCGGCGGCAAUAUCUGGAUCCAAGCCGUGCCUGGGCAGACCUCCCUGCACAAGCUCGCCCGCCGAGGCAUAAUCAAAGCCGGCCGAGGCAUCGGCGGGCAGGGCAAAAACCAAGGCGGCCGGAGAGGCGAGGACGUCCUGAUCCAAGUCCCCGUCGGCACCGUAGUCCGCGAGAUUUGGCGCAGCGAUCCCGUCGCCGAAGAAGAAGCCCGCUUCAAGACCACCGACCCCUCCCAAUUAACCCUCCCCGACCGCAACAAGUUCGUCCUGUACGCCGGCUCAUCGCCCAAAGAAGCCGCCGAAGUCGCCUCGCACAUCCCCAAACCCACCAAACCACGCCGCUCGCACCUCAGCGUCCUCGAACCCCCAUCCCCAAUCCACCUCGACCUCGACUCCGCAAACGAGAAACCCAUCCUCCUCGCUGCUGGCGCCGUCGGCGGCCUAGGCAACCCGCACUACACCACCAAAGAAGAACCCAAACCCAAAUUCGCAUCCAAAGGCGAACUCGGCGUACGCCUGAAACUCCAGCUCGAACUCAAACUCCUCGCUGAUCAUCUCCAACAGCCGCACACGGUCGGUAACUGGGCGUUCACGACCCUCGAGCCCUCAAUCGGCACCGUCAUCCUAGACGACAACACCGGCCGUGCGCUGGUCACCAGUGGCGAUAACACCUCCGGCCCACGCCAGUCCUUCACAGUAGCCGACAUUCCUGGCCUAGUCGAGGACGCCCAUCUCGACCGCGGUCUCGGGCUGGGCUUCCUCCGACACGUCGAGCGAGCACGCAUCCUCGCCUUCGUGGUCGACUUGAGCCACCCCGACAAGGAUCCCGUGGUGCAGCUGCAGAACCUGUGGAAGGAGGUGGGCGAGUACGAGAUCAAGCGGAAUAUUGAGAUCAAUGAGGAGAGCCAGAACUCGACGGGGCCGAUUGAGUGGAGUCCUGCUGCUUUUACUUCUUCGAGCACCAAUGUGUCGACCUCCAGCAGCAGCAGUGCGUCUGCGGGAGGGGAGGAAGAUGAGAGCCCACUGCAGAUCUAUCCGCCGCCACCGCCAACACAUUCCUCUAUCCAACUCGAGCCAAUCAAGUUGCCGCCUAUAAGCGCAAAACCGUGGUUCGUGGUUGCGACUAAGGCGGAUCUACCCGACACGCAAGCCGCAUACAUGCAGCUACGAGAGUACAUAUCUCAAGUCGAGAAGGGUGAGGUGGUGCACCCAAGCGGGCAGAAGAAUGCCUGGCGCGAGCGUGUUGCCGCGAUACCAGUGAGUGCGAUUCGUGGGGAGGCGACGGAGAGUAUCAAGGUCUGGGUUGCGGGACUUUUGGAUGGGAUGAGUGGUGGUAGUGGUGGCGGUGAGACUGGGCAGGAGGGAAGUGGUAGUGGCGUUGUGAUCCGGCACGGGUAA